UUUUGCGAGCGUUCGCUCGCCUUACGCAUUCCCCCGGUGACAUGAAUGCGACUGAUAAGAAGAGGGUGGUGGAUGCGGUCGAGCCCGAGUUGGCGAGUCGGUUGGGCGACGUUGUUGUCAAUUACCUGAGUUUGACCCUGCCCAUCUUUCAGGGAUCGGUGGAAGAUUUGUUUGAGCUUUGUUUUCCCUUUUUGGAUGGGGCGAUGAGCGAGGAGCGGGCCCGGGCUCUCUGCUUCGAGUUGUUUCGGGCGUUUGACAAGAAGUCGAACACGGAUGCGCCAGAGCCGGUUAAGCUGCCCGCGCCCGUGCGGAUUAAGGAUUUGUUUUUCAGGGAGCCGGCUGGGCCGGAGGUUAGAGCGGCCGAUUACUUGCCGAGCGAGACGUUGUUUAAGAGGAGUGGGAGGAGGGCCAGAAUUCAGGGGGCGCAGACGGGGAAGUCGCGAGAUUUCGUGAUGUCGCCGUCGAGUUUCGUCGUGGAUCGGAAGAGGCAUGCGGGGAGCGUUAGGUGCGACGUGUUUGUGGAGAACGUGCAGGUGAGCGUUGCGGGGAACACGUUGAUUGAGAAUUCGUCGCUGCAUUUGAUUUUUGGACGAAAGUACGGUCUUGUGGGUCGAAAUGGUUCUGGGAAGUCGACGUUGUUGAGGGCGAUUUCGAUGCGCGAGGUGGGCGUGCCGAGUCACAUUUGCAUAUUUCACGUGGAGCAGGAGAUAGCUGGGGACGACGUGUCGAUCAUUGACGGCGUGUUGUCGUCGGACGUGGAGAUGCAGAAGUUGUUUCAGGAGGAGAAGGAGAUUCAGUCCGGGUUGGCCGAGGCGCCCGCGGGAUCGUCCUUGCAGGUGGAGUUGGACCAGCGUCUGAGCGGGGUGUACCAGUCGCUCAGCGAGAUGCAGGCGUACGACGCGAAGGCGAAGGCGUCUCGAAUUCUCUCUGGACUUGGGUUUGACUCUCGAAUGCAGCAGCUCCCGAGCAAGCAGUUUUCGGGGGGUUGGAGGAUGCGCGCGGCUCUCGCGAGAGCGCUUUUCUGCGAUCCGGACUUUCUCCUGUUGGACGAGCCGACGAACAUGCUCGAUUUGAAAAGUACGAUUUGGCUGGAGUCCUAUUUGAAGAAUUGGUCGAAGAGCGUCUUGAUUGUGUCCCACGACCGCCAGUUUUUGAACAACGUCGCCACGGAUAUCGUGCACCUGAAGGACCGCAAGCUCACUUACUACAGCGGUAACUACGAGUCCUUCCAGCGCGUCUACAACGAGCGCUACAGGACGCAGGUCAAGCAGCGCGAGAACCAGGAAGCGCAACGCGCUCACAUACAGCGUUUCAUCGACCGGUUCCGCUACAAUUCGAAGAGGAGUUCCUUGGUGCAGUCCAGAAUCAAGCGCCUGGAAAAGAUGGAAAUCAUCCCGGAAAUCACCGAGGAUCCCACCUUGUCGUUCUCUUUUCCGGAGUGUGAGGCGCUGAGGUCGCCCAUCAUCCAGUUCCACGACGUCGCCUUCGGAUACGAGCAGGAAUGCGCCAUCUUCGAGCAGGUCAGCUUUAGCGUCGACCAGGACUCCCGCGUCGCCCUCAUAGGCGCCAACGGCAUGGGAAAGAGCACCCUGCUGAGCCUGAUCACCGGGCACCUCGAGCCAUCGAAGGGGCUUCUCUUCAAACACGCCAGACUGAAGUUGGCCUAUUUCUCCCAAUAUCACGUCGAAAACCUGAACCCGGACUCCACGGCGCUGAACUUCUUCGCCGAACUCUUUCCCGGAUACGACUCUCAAUUCUACAGAAGCUGGCUCGGAAAGUACGGCGUCUCCCGCACCAUGGCCGUGCAAAAGAUGGACACGCUGUCGGGCGGCCAAAAAUCGCGCGUCGUGUUCGCAUACAUGGCAUUUCAAGCUCCCCACCUGCUGGUCCUCGACGAGCCCGUCAACCACCUCGACUUGGAAACCGUCGAAGCGCUCAUACACGCCCUCAACGCCUACAACGGCGCAAUCAUCGUCGUGUCCCACGACGAGCGCGUCAUCACCCACUGCUGCGACGAGAUAUGGGUCGUCCAAGACAAGACCGUCAAAAAGUGGGACGGGGACUUCUCAUCCUACAAGGCGAGCAUUUUGAAGGACAUCGACUUGGACUAGAGAAUACACUGGUUCGCCGAACAUACGUACACACACACACUCUCUCUCUGA